GUAUUAUUUUUAGGUUAUGAAUUUAUAUUUUAUUUCUGACAGACACGUGAAUGUGGGGACGUAGCGUAAAAGGUUUAUUUAUUAUUUAGCAGUAAAUCAUUUCAAACUACCAAAUCUGAUUGGUAACAACAAAAAUGGGAAUUGAUAGUACACAGGAGAAGCAUCGUCCUGGACAAUUCAAACAGCAAAAUAAACUUCACAAGCAUGGUCGUCAUCGCAGUAAGGGUUCCAUUGAUAACCUCAACAAAGGACGUGUAUCGGUGAAAUUUCUGACGAAGAAGGCGAACAAAGUGAUGAAAAAGGAGGAGCGCAGAAACCAGUUGGCGCAAAUUCGCCACAAGAAGCGGGCCGAGUAUAUGGAGAAGCGGAGGGGAAUCAGCGAUGCGCCCCAUAUGGUCGCAGUGGUCACGCUGAGUCAGGGCAUUCAGUACGACAAGAUAUUUGAACAACUAGAGAAGGCCGACGAAGAUGCUACGGUCACUUACACUACGGAGAAUCAUGUGCAUAUCAACCUGCCUCGGUUUCGUCAGCGCUUCACGUUUGUCCGCGUGGACCGUGACGAGCUGUUCAACGUGUUGGAUGUGCUGAAGGCGGCUGACACUGUCAUGUUUGUCGUCUCCGUGCUGGGCAUUGACGACUGGGGUGACGUCAUACUGACGGCGGCCAUGGCUCAGGGUCUGCCCACCUGUGCCACUGUGCUUGUCGGUCUAGAGCUGGUGUUGCCCAAGGUAAUAACUCGAAUCAAUUCACUCUUACCACUAAAUACCUGGGCGCGUUUCAUAAAAGUCUCAAGUUACAUAAUAUUUAUCUAA